AUCCUAUAGCGGAUCUUUGGUCCAAAGAUCAAAGAGCGGAGUUGGCUGAUAUCCGCUCCAUGACCUUUAGUCCAGUCGGUGUUGAACAAACCGGGAGCGCAGGCGCACACAGACGUGACGCCAUCACUAGGCGACCGUGGACCUCGGGAUUUCGGCAGCAGGGCACACAAGCAGUGGGUUUGUCUAUGCGAAUCUCAAACUUAACAUCACAUCAGACCUGCAGUGUCAGACAGGCCACCAACACCAAUGUCCUCAAUCCUUGAAUCUGGAAGAGGAAAUGCUCAUCUGUUGUAUUUUUGAGGAGAGACAACAAACCACAGUGGGACAGUGACACUCACUUCUGAAGGAGGGUGUUCAAGAGCAUUGACUGUGGAAAGAGCUUUGGCCAUUUACACAGCCGCAGAAGGAGGCUGAAACCAAACACGUGUUCCAUGUGUAUGAGGUCUUGAUGACCCAACCUGGAGACAAAGGGGAAAAUUAAGUCAGUGAGUGAUCAAAUAGUUUCUUGCUAAAAGUGAUAUGUGUGAAUUCUUGAGCCUUUGAAAAGAAACAAUUUCCCAUCCAGCUAGAAACUUGAGCUUCUGCUCUGUGUGUGGAAAGAAGCUGGCUUGUUUAAUCCUCCUGUUGAGACACCAUUGAGCUGGCUCCUUGAGAACAUGCCAGCACAUCGUCACUGGAGACGGGGCAUUCAACUGCUCCAAGUGUGGGAAACCUGGAUCCACACGGUCACCCACCCGCGGGUACACCAGUGAAUUCACACCAGGGAGAGGCCCUGCUCCUGCUCUGUGUGGAAACGGAUUCUCUCAGUCAUUCAAUAUGACGGCACGCCAGCAGGUUCACACGAGGGAGAGGCCGUUCACCUGCUCUGAGUGUGGAAAGAAAUACGCUCAGUCAUCCCACUUGUUGAUACACCAGCGGGUUCACGCUGGGGAUACGGAGUUUGAAUGCUCUGAAUGUGGGAAGAGCUUCCCGUCGACAUCUAGCCUGAUAAGGCAUCAACAGAUUCACACUGAAGAGAGGCCGUUCAAAUGCUCUGAUUGCGGGAAGAGCUUCAGUCUGUCAUCUACCCUGAAUAGACAUCAGCAAAUCCAUGUGGGCAGAUCAUUUAUCUGUUCUGAGUGUGGAAACAGAUUUGUACAUUCAACAGACCUACUGAGACACCAGCAAACGCAUACAGGAGAUAAGCCGUUUAUCUGCACGAUGUGUGGGAAAGGGUUCCCUGUGCGUUACAAUCUGCAGAGACAUGAGCGACUUCACGCUGGGGCGAAGCACUUCAACUGUGCAGAGUGCGGGAAAAUAUUAACUCGCUUAUCAUGCCUGAUGAGGCACCAGCAAUCUCACACCGUGGAGAGGCCGUUUACCUGCUUCGAGUGUGGGAAGGGAUUCCCUCAGUCGGCCGCCUUGCUAAGACAUCAGCGUAUUCACACCGGUGAGAGGCCAUUUAUCUGCUCUGAGUGUGGGAAGGGAUUCACCCGGGCAUGUCAUCUGCUGAGACACCAGCAAACUCACACUGAGAAGGAUUAACCAUGCUGUGUGAGGAACCCUACAAACCCUGUUUGGCUUUAUUUCUGAUACUUUUGGUGACCCCUUUAACUGGACUGCGGUUUAAUAUUCUGCUGCUUUGAACACUGUCUCAGAUCUUAAAUCAGACCACCAGAUGGUGCAGAACGAUGGCUGCCUCGCCAAUGGUCUGUCUCUUUAUCCUUUGUGUUUUUAGUUUGUUGUAAAAUAUGUGUUUAAUCUAUAUAAUUAAAAGCCUAAACUUGACCACUU